ACGUCACCCAACAAGAACGAACGAUCAUUUAUUUAUUUAUUUCUUUAUUUAUUUAUCUGCGUGUAAUGUUGUUGAAAUGUCAUCGUUGUCUUCGUUAACGUAGAAACACAUUUAUUAUUUCUGUACAAUCUGCAAAAUCAUGAAGCAAAAGAUCAAUGUCCCAGGAUUUGUCUCCAAACUCUGGACGUUGGUUGAAAGUCCAAGCACCAAUGAUGUUAUUUGUUGGAGCUCGAAAGGACAGAAUUUCAGGGUGGUGGAUGAACAGAAGUUCACAACAGAAAUCCUUCCAAGAUACUUCAAGCACAGCAACAUGUCAAGUUUUAUUCGACAGCUCAAUAUGUAUGGGUUUCGAAAGGUGGUGAGUGUGGACGGUGGUCUGAUUAAACAAGAAAAGGAUGGUGGCAUUGAGUUUCAUCAUCCUUGCUUUGAGCAAGGCAAAGAGGAUAUGUUGGAAAAUAUCAAACGCAAGGUGUCUUCGGUCAGAACAGAGGCAACAAAGAUCAGCCAGGAAGAAAUGCACAAAGUGCUGAUUGAUGUGCAUCAAGUGAAAGGUAAACAGGAUGACAUGGAUUCGAAACUGGAAACCAUGAAGAGGGAAAACAAAGCUUUGUGGAAGGAACUGGCUUCUCUCAGAAAUAAGCACAGUCAACAACAGAAGAUGAUAGGCAAGGUGAUUCAGUUCAUUGCAAGUCUUGUGAAUGAAAAUUGCAUUGUUGGAAUCAAAAGAAAAAGGCCGAUCAUGAUGUCAGAAGAAGCACCUCUCGCAAAACACAGCCACCCUUAUGUUCUCAGAGCCGAUGAACAGAGUGGUACUAGUUACUCAGACAGUAAUGGCGCUACCCUUUCAAGCAGGGUUGUCAUUACGGACAUCACAAAUAUUUCUGAGCCCGUCAAAAGUGGUGAGCUUAUUCAAGCUUCCUCAGAAAAAGACAAAGUUAAGAGGGGUGGGCUGUCAGGUACAGUAACGACUGAGGACUCCGGUUCUGGAACGGAGGGUCAGGCAGCACCAAGCAGUCCAAUCUCAGCCUCAGUCAGUCCUCCUCAAACCAAGCAAUUAAAUACAGAUGCCACAGCAGCCUCCACUGAGGCCAGUGCUGCUGAGUUUCCAGACAACUUCAUUGAAUCCAUCCUCGAUGAGGCUGGGGAUGAGGUUGCUCUUCAGAGUGAUUCAAUAGGGGACAGGGAUGAGGUCUUGGACUUCCUGGGUAGCGUUGAUAUCAGCUUGGGAAACUUGCAUACACAGCUGUCUGGAAAUCAAUUCAACAUCAGGCCUGAAUUGAUUGAUGAACUUUUUAAUCCUGGCAUUUCUGCUAAGGAUAUGAACAUCAUAUCGCCAAGUUCUCCAACUAUUGGAAUUAUGUCAGAACAUUUUGAAACCAGCGACAAUGCAGAGACAGACGAAAUUGACAGCAGUAAUGGGAAGCAUGUAGUUCAGUGCACACACAAUCCCCUACUAACCUUACUGGAAGAGCUUUGCUGUAGUUUAGAGCCCGAGGUGGCUGGCCCUGCAGAGCCCUCCUUUCUGUCUCUUGAGGAUGAGCCUUCUGUGCCAUUCAAAGACAGCACAACUGACCUGAGAGUGGAGUACAGCCCUAACAACCAAACGACUGACAUUCAUGAGCUUUACGAGGAAAAGAACAAAGGUGAAUCUUGUUCCCCUUCAAUCCGGCUGAAAAAAGGAUAAAGGCUUUGGUAAACAAACUGAAGAGAUCACAGGACCAGUCAACACACCCAAUCCAUCUUUUUCAGAAGAUGUUCUAUACAUCUUGAAUAAGGACACCUUGUGAACACUACCUUGAAGCAUCUCUGUACAACCUUAAAAAAUAGCUUUGAUGCUACGAUAGACAUUUGUAAACCUUACACCUUUUCUAAAUGCCUGCCUUGUGACAGAUGCUGCAUUAAGCGUGUGUCGGUCACUGUGACAACUGUCUUUGACACAACUACAUAGUGUUGAUUCCAUGAAGCUAAAAGAACAGCUUUAGCAGGUGCUAACCUACGCAAAUACAUACCCCCAGUGAAAAUACUUAAGAGAUACAGGGGAGGAGUAUUGCUGUACCUAACAGCUUCCGUGUACAUCCUUAAUCAUCCAUGCAUCCAUUUAACAGAAAACUUCCCAAACUUUAGGCAUUUUCCCACCAGUUGCAGAUAUUUUCACAUCAGUCCGCAGUAACCUUGUAAACGCAUUGGUGCUAAAUGACCAUCUUAUCCCCAUGCAUCUUUUGGUACAAGUCACUGCAUUUGCAAAACUAGAAUUCACAUUGAGGAAAUUGUUUUAUUUUUUAAAUGGUUAAACAAUUAUGGACACUCAAGGGAUGUUUAUUACAGUAUACAAUAUCAUUACAUAGCCAGCAAAUUAUUACAAGAAAUAUAUAAUAAUAAUAACAUUGUUUUUGUGUUUUUGUAAUUCUGAAGUCAUAGGGUAAUUUUGGUACAUUACACAAUAUUCCUUGCUAAGUACAAUGGAAUUGUGUAAGAAAUUAGUCAUAUGCAGUACAUUUAUUUUAAAGGCAAGUUAAGGUGACACAUUGUGAGUAGAAUCAAAGUAUUGUUGGGAGGCCCUGGGGCUCCUAAUACCUCUAUCAAAUACAUUUUUUGUUUUGUUUUGUUUUUUUUACUUCCUUGUAGAGAAAUGUUAUUGAUGUUAAAAUGUAUUAUGUUUUUAAUCUACAUUAAAAAAUGAUGUUUUCAUAAGCAGUCCAUGAGAGUAUAUUGAUAAAAUGCGCUCAGCACUAAUGCAUGUCAAGCUAAGACAGGGCAUUUCACAUUGUAGGGUCAUUUUCUAGUGUUUUUAUGUAUUUUUUUAUUACAAGCCUACAAUGUAACUCCAUGCAAUGGGGCGUACUCGUGUCACGAUUUUAAAAUGGAGGACGUCAGACAUGAAUUAAAUCUAAAUAAAUAUUUGUCCCCUUUA